CAUCCGUUGUUGUUUUGGCGAAGUAGUGAAAUAUGACAUUAAUAUUUAUCCCGUCUUAGCAGAAGAUUUCUCUAAGCUGCAUUCACACGUAGCAUAUUCCAUACAUCAUGGUAAUUAAUUGUGUUUGCUUUACCAUGCUGCAUACACUUUGCAAACUCGCAAUUGUGCAGCUCUUGUCAAUUAAUGAGAUGUGAAGGAAGGAUCCACAGAGAGAAGUGUAGACUGAUAACCAUAACAUGCACGUGGAACCUGAUCCCAACCAUAACAUGCACGUGGAACCUGAUCCCAACGCUCCAGUAAACUUUAUCUAGAGACCAACAGCAACAUUUGUACAUAUCACAUGAGUGCUACCCAGGAAGUAGUGUGGUUGGGGUGCCGAUAUGGAUAUCUCAAAAUCGUAUAACAAUUCUGUUAGCUUUCUUAUUCAAGAACGUCAAAGACUUCAGGGAUUAUCGAAAUCACAAGUAUAUAAGGAAAAAGAUUUGACUAAAAUUAGCAUGGCAGAAAGUUUUAUGAAUGGAAGAAGUGCUUCACCAAUUGGCCAUGGAUUUGAAUCUGUUCAGUUUAAAAAUGACGUCAUGUUCAGUAGUGCAUCUAUGUCAGAAUCUUCAGCAGAUGGACGUUCCACGUCUGGUAAUGAAAGUAAAAUUACAACUCCAUCUCUUAUCAAUGCGGGUGAUAACAUAGUUUUUUCUGAGAGGUUUGGACAGAAUGUUUCAACCGAUCUGUCAGUGACUGACAUGAAAAAGGAGCCUGUUUCUGAUGACGAAGAAGCUGUGGACUCAUACUAUCAAACAAAUUCACAAACCGUUUUUCCUGGAAUGAUUACAUCAUCGAUUAAAACUGAAUCUGACCUUGGUGUAAAUUCUGCUCAAUCUGAAAGUUCCCAAGACAAUGUGUCUCUUGUUAUCAAACAGGAACCACUGACAGAUGAUGAUGAUAUAAAUGACAAUGGUGUGGAAAAUGACGUGUUUGGGGAUUACUUACUGAAAAGUAAUGAUAUGGAUGAUGAUUCUAGUACAAGCAUGGUUCAUCAGAGCGAGGAACAUCAAAAGAAACGGAAAAAUACCAUGAUUGAAAUUGCCUCAAGUAGCAAAAGAGUGAAGAGAAAUGCCACUGGAAAAUUGUAUAACAAGUUUGGUGAUGAAUUCCAUAUGGACAAGGUGGAUGAUCUUGAUGAAGACAGUGUGCCCAUCGACACGAACACAGAAGAGGAAUACACACCAAGUUAUUACAUCGACCAGAAAGAGAAAACAAAGGAGACAGAAAAUACAGAAAUGAAUGGUAAAACGCCAUUUUCAUUUGAAAAUCUUGAAGGCAAUACUUUAAACAUUAAAGGAACGUCCAAGAAUCUUCACGUUAAGAUUUUUAAAUGUCCAGAAUGUCACGAUAUUUUUACAUAUGAAAGUGUUUUCAAGAAGCAUAUGCGUAAACACACUGGCGAUUUGCCCUUCAAAUGUAAGCACUGUAAGCUUGGUUUUAUGACACAGUUCAGUCAUGACGUCCACAGUCGAGUACACACAUCUGACAAACGGUACAAGUGUGGAGUUUGUGGCGAGAAGAUGAAACUAAAAAAGGAACUUAAAGAACACAAUGCAAACCAUACGCUUACAAAGAAAGCACAGGAUGUUUCAAAUCUGCCCGUAAAAAUCGAACCAACAUCAAUAACUGGGGAAAAUGAGAACUUAUCUGAUGUAGGUUUGUCACCAUUCGGCUGCAGCAUGUGUGCUUUUGUGGCAAAAGAUUUCGCUGAAAUUGGAAACCACGUGAUGGAGUCCCAUUUUGUUGACAGACGAUGUUUUUGCGAUAUCUGUAGUAGACGGUUUGCUAAUACUGACGAUCUCAAGAUUCACAAGACUUUGCAUGACGGUCAGUAUGAAGAAGUCAGUUGUGGUAUAUGUGAAGAAAUUGUGGACAGUAAAGAAGACUUGAUGAAGCAUUUAGACAUUCACCCCGAGGCCAAGCCAUACAGAUGUUGUCAUUGUGGUGAUAAAUUCAUUGUGUUGACACAACUAAGAAACCAUAUGCAAACCCAUUCAUUCACUAAACGCUACAACUGUCCACAUUGCUUAAAACAGUUUUUUCACGAAGAUACACUCGAAAGUCAUUUACGCGUUCAUACUGGGGAAAUUUCAUACACUUGUCCCGUUUGUGACAAGGGCUUCAGAGCAAAAGAUCGACUACGAAUACAUAUGAGACAACAUCCAGUGCCUUACAGUUUAUUCAGUAACUAUGAAAAUAAAGUGAUAGAUAAUACUGGUGAUGCCAUUAGUUCAAAGAAAGAGAUACAGAAGAUGGACGCUUAUGAUGAAAGGAACGUAACUGAUUUUCAAGAAAGCAAUAGAGAGAACGAUAAUACUACGGAAUCUCGAAAACUUGACAGUAAUGUUGAACUUUCAAGUUCGAAUGUCUAUCUUGAUCAACUGAAAAUCCGUAUGAAGAAUACAUCUGAGGAAGAGAAUUUGGAAUCGCUCGCAGUGAAAGCUGAUUCAGUCACUAUCAAACAGGAACCUGAUAUUGAGGAAAACACGGAAAAUUUAGGUAUUGGAAUGGAUAUCAAUUGCAGAGAUGAUUUGUAUGGGAAAAGCGGAGAAAUUGUUAACAGUUUUUCUGAUUCUAAUGUCUUCGAGAAACUUCGAAAACAGGGGAGUAUUGAUGGGUCUCAAUUACAAACUUCCGGAACUACGAAUACUGGAACACCGUUUUGCAUUUCUGUUAAAAAACUGACGAAAGUGGCCAUACCAAACAAGUCUACAAGUACUAAAUGCACAAGUGCGAAACAAUCAAAUACAGGCAUGCAGUUUACUGAAAUGGAAGAUACGAUGAAUCUGCAGAUGAACAUUCACCAGUGCAUUGUUUGUGGUGCAAUGUUUGCCUACAACAAUAUGUUGAAAAAACACAUGAUGAAACAUGCAGGAAAAGAGCCGUACAAGUGUGAUACUUGUGGACAUGGAUGUAUGUCCUCGUCAGCCCUGAAAGCUCACAGCAUGGUACAUUCUGGUGAGAGACCUUACGUUUGUGACAAAUGUCCUAAAGCAUUUCGACAGAAAAGUGGUCUCAAGUCUCAUUUACUUACACACAGUGCAGAAAAAACGUUCGAGUGCAAACGUUGUAAAAAGACAUUCAAGGAUUCAUGCUUGUUUCAGCGGCACCGAAAAGGCCACUGUGAGCCGGAUGCCUUUGGUUGCAGUAUCUGUAACACCACGUUUAAGGAUAUAGCCAGCAUCCUUUCUCACGUUAGCUCUGUCCACUUCAACGGACAGACUGAUGUUUGUGAUGUCUGCAGCAAUCGCUUCGAUUCCCUUCAAAGUCUAGAAGAACACCAAACAAUACACCUAGAUUCAAAGACAUACACGUGUGGAAUUUGCAGUAACGAAUUCACAGACAAAGAUGAACUAAGUACACACAUGACCGAUCAUCCUAUCGCCAAUCCUUUCAAGUGUCAGAUUUGUUGCAAACGUUACCGUUCAGCUACUUCGUUAUCCUCUCAUGUGGAGUCUCACUUAACAGAUGGAAGCGUGUUGGACACGACUAGUAGCAACAAUCUUUCUGCACCAGAGACAAGAAAAAAACCCGAACAAAAUACGCUCGAGCAGUCGGGGAAACAGUUUCCUUGCAAAUACUGCAAUCAAGUGUUUUCUUCCGGAGUUCAAAGAUGGGCACAUUCAGCCGUGCAUGACAAAGCACGACCUUAUAGCUGCUCAAUAUGUGGAAAGAGAUAUAUUAACAAGGGUAGUUUAGCUAGUCAUGAAGAAAGUCACGAAAACCCAAAAGGGAAAAAAUCAAAAUGCAGCGGUGAAACAUUGGGGAGAAUGAAAGACCUAGUCGAGCAAAAUAAAUCACCACACACAUUUGACGAAGGUCAGACAAAGAAAAAAGUCGAAAUAAAAAAGAACUCGUCUAGAUCAGCUAAAAAGAAAAAACAAAUGAAGGAGAAAGACUCAAUGGAAUCGUCCGAUAUCUUUGAAAAGGAACAAACACUCUUAAGUUCGGAAGUAGAGGCAGGAAAUAUAGACAGUGAUGUAGCGUUACCAGAUACUAUGAAUGAAAGCUACGAUUGUAAGAAUUCUACGCACGAUUUUUACGACCAAGAUUGCAGUUUUAUAAAAACGGAACCUAUUUCUGUUGGAUACCCUGAAACCGAGACAAACGUUAGCUCGACAGAACCUAUUUCAACAGGUUAUAGUGAAACAGAGACGGAUAUUGGCGAAGCCAAUGUGGUUCAGAGAAGCUCUGGUGCCAUAUCAGCGCUUGAUACCUCUUCUGAGAGUUACCAGCCAGAAAUCAAAACGGAACAGGAUAUGGAUGAAUGUGACGCCAUAAAACCAACAUAUGCAUGUUCUAUCUGUGGUAAAACAUUCGUGAAUCAACAAAAACUGGAACUCCAUGAAAACAGUCAUUCUACAGUCAUACCAGAUCCGGUAGAGUUGAUAUGCACAGAGUGUGGAGCUGAUUUUUGGAAACAAUCUGAUUUGAACAAACAUAUACGUAAACACCACAACGAGACAAAUAAACCGUCAUUUAAAUCCAAAUUGAAGAAAAUUAGAAUGAAAGACAGCACACUAAGAAGUACUUCAUAAAUAAGUCAUUCAGCAGUUUAACAUUAAGUAAAAUGAUAAGGGUACCUGUCCAUAUACUGGUGUCUUGUCUUUCAUCCAAAAUUUAGAUUUCUUCCGUCAUUUUUUAAUCUGUCGAAUUAAAGCGUAAAUGCUAAUGUAAAUUUAUACAUUCUUAAAAGUCUAUUUACGAGCACGUGAUACCAGUCAGUAAUAAACAUCAAACACAU